UCUGAAGAUGGCAUCUGAGCCAGAAAGUUUGGAAAGGAUUUUGGAGGAGCACCUCCCAGCUGAUAAGCUGCAAACAGUUAAUCGUAUUUUGUAUGGUGCAUCUUGUAGGGUCCUUGCUCUUCCUGCCGAGUGUGGUGCCUUAGGAGAGAAUGGUAACUUUGAGGUCAAAGGUUAUCAGAUAGGUGCAGGCCAGGAGCAGCUGCGUUCCCCUCGUCUAGUCCGUAUUGGCUUGAUACAGAACAAGAUUGUGCUUCCAACCACUGCACCCGUUAAAGAACAGAAAGAUGCCAUUCACAAGCGAAUUGCAGAAAUAGCGGAGGCUGCUGGUAAAGCCGGUGUCAAUGUUCUUUGUAUGCAGGAAACCUUUGGAAUGCCCUUUGCCUUCUGUACUCGAGAGAAGACACCUUGGACAGAGUUUGCUGAGUCAGCUGAAGAUGGCCCUAGUGUGCAGUUAUGCCAAGAGUUUGCCAGGCGAUACAACAUGGUAGUCAUCUGUCCCAUACUGGAAAGAGAUGAUGUUCAUUUUGGAACCAUCCAUAACGCAGCAGUUGUGAUCUCCAAUACUGGGAAGGUACUUGGAAAAAGCAGAAAGAAUCACAUUCCCAGAGUAGGGGAUUUCAAUGAGUCUACCUACUACAUGGAAGGCAACACAGGCCACAGAGUGUUUGAAACCCAGUUUGGUCGUAUUGCCAUCAAUAUCUGCUAUGGUCGUCAUCAUCCACUGAACUGGUUGAUGUAUGGUCUUCAUGGAGCUGAGAUUGUUUUUAAUCCUUCUGCUACUGUAGGAGCACUCAGUGAGCCAAUGUGGGGGAUUGAGGCUAGGAAUGCUGCCAUUGCUCAAACAUAUUUCACAGCAGCCAUCAAUAGAGUUGGAACGGAGAGCUUCCCAAAUGAAUUUACAUCAGGAGAUGGAAAGAAAGCUCAUAAUGACUUUGGACACUUCUAUGGUUCAAGCUAUAUAGCUGCACCAGAUGGAAGUCGAACCCCAGGAUUGUCGAGGACUAGAGAUGGUCUUUUGGUGACUGAAAUAGAUCUGAACCUGAUCAGACAAGUCAGAGAUAAGUGGGCUUUCCAGAUGACAGGUCGAUAUGAGAUGUAUGCUGAAGAACUUCCCAAGGUGGUUGCUCCAGACUUCAAACCAAAUAUCAUCAAGGAAACUGAAUGAAACAUUCUGAAAGACCUUGUUACAUUUAUCAUUCCACUUAUAAAAUAGAGUAUUCUAUAAAUAGACAAUGUAUAUGGGUUGAUUAAAUGUUCACAAAAGAUUUUUGUAUUUCGCCAUGAUGGAUGCUUUUGAAAUUCAGCAUAUUUCCAAAACAACAUGAGUAUGUAAUAUCAUGUUCAGUUAAGCUUUUGUAUCACUCUCUAUAAUCAUGCAUGAGGCAUGAUUAUUUUCAUGUUUAUAUUGAUUCAAAUUAUAUAGAUGUAUAUCAUUCUUGAAUAGAAAUCAUGCUGCUUGCGUAACAGUUAAGUUUAAGAAAGAUAAAAGGAAGUACAUGUAUAGAAAAGCAAAGCUCAUAAUGCUUGAUUAUAUUUUCUUCAUUUCAAAUGAAAUGGAUAU